AUGAAUAAAGCACCUGUGGCGGAGCUUGUCAAGAGUACUAUAUUCUGCGGGGACAGAAGAUCGCACAAUACAGAAUGUUUCCGCAGUACUACGCAGAAGUUCGAGAGCAGUGUAUAUUCAAGACUCCGAAUACUCCACAAUAAAACUCAUCAGAUUGGUAAAAAAUAUGACGAAGUUCUCUUAGAAUCAAGAACGUCGCUCCGCAGCGUUCGCGCAACAUCGCAACAGCGCCAGAGACGGAAAAAGAGCCUGUUCAAGAAGGCAGCAGAGCUCAGUUCUACGCGCGAAUCAAAUGUGUCUGUGGCCGUUCGGACUCGCAAUACUGGCCAAGUAUAUUACAGUACCUCGCUCCACCCACUCAGUAAGAUUGGCAUCACGUGUUGACGGAUCUGAUAAGACUUUCUGAGCCUACUACGAGAC